GAGAAGAAGAAAAUACAACUUUAUAAUAUAUGCUUUGCGUCUUUAAAUACGCCAGUCUGUGUAAGUUAUUAGCUUAAUUUGUUUGAAGUUAGCUUAUGUUAACGUUAAUUUUUUUCUUUUCUUUUUUCCACAGCUCAGAUGUUGGUUCUUUUACCAAAAUCACCAAUUAUAUGUGAGAUGACCUCCCCGACCCCUGGCUGGUCGGUUCCGCCGGUCCAGGGCCUGGAACCCGGCGUGGGGAAGCAUGCGGCCGUGCUGGGGCUUUCUGUGGGGCUGGAGGGGGCGGAGAAGGAGCUGCACAAGAUGCUCAUCGACGAGAGGAUGAAGAGCGAAACCCACAAAACCAACUACCAGACCCUGAAAGCGGAGCACACCAGCCUGCAGGAUGAAUUCGUGCGGGCGCAGACAGAGCUGAAGCGGCUGCUGAGCGACCGGCAGUCUCUGCAGGAGAAGACGCAGCUGCUGCAGGCGGAGCUGAGAGGACAGCUGCUGGACAAAAGCAGGGAGCUGGAUCAGCUCCGGCUGAAGGUGAUGACUCCCGAGAGGUUGGAGCUGCUCAGAGCUCAGGUGCAGCAGGAGAUGGAGGCUCCGGUGAGGGAGAGGUUCAACAAGCUGGAGGAGGAGGCGGAGAAGUACAGGUCCGAGUACAACAAGCUGCGGUACGACUACACCUUCCUGCAGUCCCAGUGGGAGCAGCAGAGAGAGGAGCACAGCCGGGUGCUGGAGGAGAGGAGGAUCUGCUACGAGGCAGAGAUCGCCCGUCUGGAGAAGGACAGAGAGGAGCUGAUGGCUCAGCGUCGGGACUCGGACCGGCUGCAGGACGGGCAGCGAGUGGAGGCUCUGCUGAGGGAGAAAGCCCAGCUCCACCUGCGCAUGAGAGGCCUGGAGGCGGAGGUGGCGGAGCUCCGAGCCCUGAAGGAGAACUCGGGCCAGCAGGCCGAGAGCGUGCAGCGGAUCCAGACCAGGCAGCUCACGGAGUCCCAGGCGGCGGUGAAGUCACUGGAGGCGGAGCGGCAGUCGCUGCGCCUGCAGCUGGAGCGGACGGAGGGCGAACUUCACCAGAGCCUGGAACAGAGCGACCAGCUGACCGGGCGACUGCACAAAGCCGAGCGAGAGGUCAGCGCGCUGUCCUGCCAGAUGGAGAGCCUGAAGCAUUCCCACAAGCUGGAGGUGGACCGGGUCCGCCUGGAGUGUGCUCGCUCCAAGGCCGAGCUGGAGAGGGAGAGGGACACCCUGCAGGGGCAGAACGAUGGUCUGCAGACAGACGUGGAGGUGCUGAAGGCCGCCGUGAGCAGAAGCAAGGAGGUCCUCAUGGAAAAGGAGAGGGACGCCGUCAAGAGGGUGCAGUCUGCUCGGGAGGAGGAGCAGCGCAGAACGGCGGCGCUGCACGAGGAGAAGCUGGAGAUGGAGAACCGACUGUCGGCCCUGGAACAGCAGAGGGCGCUGCAGGACGCUUCAGAGCAGGCGCUGAGGGAGGAGUGGGAGGAGCGCGUGCACAGCGCCCAGCAGGGGGAGGAGUUAGCACGGAGGGAGCUGCAGAACCUCAGGAUGAAGCUGCAGCAGCAGAGUCUGCAGCUGGAGGAGCAGGAGAGACGGAGGGCGGAGCUAUCGGACCUGCAGCAGCAGACCCAGGAGCUCCUCGCCAAAGUGGGCGUGCUCUCAGACGCCGAGAGCGACCUGACGGAGGCGAACCGCAGGUUACGGGAAAGUCUGGAGCGAACCAGGGAGGAGCUGCGGGCGGCGCGGGUCCAGGCCGAGAGGAACCAGCACGACGCAGAGAGGGCGGAGGAGGACCGGCGGGUGGAGUGGCUGGAGGAGAAGCACAAGCUGCAGGAAAGAGAGGCGGGGCUGCAGCAGAAGUACUCGCAGCUCAAGGAGAAACUGCAGAGAGCCGCUGUGGCUCAGAAGAAGAGGAAACACCAGACCGAGAACCGCGAGAAGAGGCUGAGGGACAGAAUUCAGCUGCUGGAGGCCAAGCUGGAGGAGCUGGAGCUGGAAGCUGCAGCCGCUAAGAAGCGUCCGGCCCUCUCAGAGGAGCACGCUCAGCUGCACAGGCGCCUGAGGGAGCUGCAGCGCCGCCACAACGAGUUCCGGCGCCUCCUGCUGGGCAGUCAGGGUGUUUUUGGCGGCGGCCCGGCGCUGCUGACCUCCUCUGCCGCCGCCGCCCCCCUCCUGCUGUCAGAGAGGCUCCCGUCCAACGAUCCAGACGCCGACUUCUCCGUGCUGCGGCGCAGGCUGGAGAGCCUGGAGAGCGCCCAGCAGCAGCAGCUGGAGGAGCUGGGAUCUCUGGUGCAGAAGGAGGCGGAUCCUCAGCCUGACCUCUGACCUCUGAGCCAUUCUCACCAAAAGCUCAGGAAAUCUGUUUUUUUAACAGUGCAUUUCCAUUUAAAUGUAAAUUUUUUACAUAAUUUUAUUAAUUAUUCUGUGAGACUGGAAAAAAACAACCUCAGGGUUUUUGUAUUUAGUUUACAUUU